AAUCAAUAGUAAAACAAAAAUGUUUUAAUCAAAACAUGACGAUAUACCUAACUUUUUAUCUCUUCGGUCUACUGAGUCCACUAACCACUAAAGGAUUAACGACAAGAAAUAAUACAAUAUGUAUUGACUGUUCCAAGGAUGACAUGGUAGCUUGUGAAAUUGAUCGAAUCGGAUUUGAUUGUUUUGACCCGACUGGCGAAGAUUGGACCGAAAGGGUCGAAGGUGUCGAAGGUGUCGUUCAUUGGGAGGGUGCAAGUACAACCGAUUUGGAUAAAUGCAUACCAAGAAAUUUAGAGAUUGAGUGCAUAGAAGAAGAAAACUUCAAAAAAGUCGUCGUUUGGUCUCCUACAUUGGGUUGUCAAGUUGUACAGAAAUCGUCUGAAAGUAAAAGGAAUGCAUGUUUCAGUGCCACUCUAAAUUGCCCGUGCAUCAAAGACAGAAAAGAAUCUGGAAAGGGUUGUCUGUAUACCAGAAGUUGGAUCGUGCCUUGCACCUUAUAUGUAGUACAACUGUUGAUUAAAGCAAACCACUAAUAUUUUACGAUCUAGCAUGUUAAAGUUAUGUUUUACUUUAAUACUCCUUUCCAGUCCUACAACCACGUACGCUUUAACAUAUAAUAGUACAAUCUGUAUUGACUGCACAAAGGAGAAUAAAGAUAAGUGCCAAAUUUCAGAAACCGGAUAUGAGUGCUUUGAUCGGACGAGUCGAAUUUACGAUGAGGAUAUUGAUCCAUUCUUUGGUUUGAAUCGAAAUCCUCCGAGUAACAACGAUUUAGAUGUUUGCAUUCCGCAGGGCUUGGAGAUUCAGUGCAUUAAGAACGAAAAUUUUAAAUAUGCCGUCGUUUGGUCCCCGGAACUCGGAUGCCAACUGGUACAAAGGGACUACGACGAAAAGGAGAUUUGUUUUAAUGCGAGACAAACUUGUCCCUGCGUUGAAAAUGGAUCAGGAAAAAUGUACAUGAACAGUUUGACCGUGAUCACUAGCAGAUACUUGGUGCCUCUUAUUACGGUUACUAAAUUUAAAUUGCUAAAUUUUUAAUCCGCUUUUAAAAUUUGGCUAAUUUUUACUCCUUUAAAAAAUAAUUUCAAAUUUUAACAUUCAACUCGAGUGGGCUCUUUUGCAUUCUACUUUUAGUAUAUAUACAAAUUUGGCUGGCAAAAGUUAAAAUACGACAAAAUAAAUUGCUAGUUUAAUUUACUUGAUUUAUAAUGCAUCUUAAAAUUGGAAAGUAAUGUAUAAGCGCAAACAGUAGACGUAUUUCUGGAAUUUUGUGACUG